AUGGUUGAAUCGCCUGAGGUAUCAUGUGCAUCCUCCAUUCAAUCCUCAUCAGAUACGUCUGAAGAUGCGGCACGAAAGGUUGUUCUGUUUCCAUAUCCGGCGGCGGGUUACGGUCAUGUACCAAUCAUGGGCGUCAUCCUUCCAAAGCCACUGACCAAUAUCCUUGUUACGAUCGGUGAAGAAAAUGGGUUGGACCCGUGGGUCAAGUAUGAUCGCCCUCCACUUGAGCCUCCGAAGAAUGUCAACGUCAGUGCGAGAUACCGACGCAGUACUCCGGCACUGAUAGGAAACAAAAAUGCGGGAGGUACCUCCAGGAGCAUUAUGUUCCGAAUCUCGUCUCUGGUAGGGUAG